AUGGCUUUUCAUUAUAGAAAAUUUUUGGUCUUAGAUAAAAAGCCCGAGGAUGAAAAGAAAUUUGUAAAUUGUUACACUUGUUAUGAAUCUGAUUGCCCUGAUCAGUGCAAUGAUAAUUACUUUUCUUCACCACCUCCUCCACCUUUGCCGCCACCUCCUCCGCCUCCGUCUAGCCAGAAUCAUCGAGUUUCAACAAUUUUGAUCCUCAUCAGCUGUGUUCUAGGUGCUACUUUUAUGGUUAUUUCUUAUCUUUCUAUAAGGAGGUACCGGUCAAGGUUGAGGAAUUCCAGACAAUUGGAGAAUAGUGCCAGAGAGGAUUUUAUCGACGAAAAUCAAGGGCCUGUGGUGGAUCAUCCUAUAUGGUAUAUACGUACGGUAGGGCUAAAUCGAUCGAUAAUCGAAUCUAUAGCGGUUUUUAAGUACAAAAGUGGCGAAGGUUUGAUUGAAGGGACUGAUUGUUCUGUUUGCUUGAGUGGAUUUCAAGAAAAUGAGAGUCUUAGGCUGUUGCCUAAAUGUAGCCAUGCUUUUCAUGUCCCGUGUAUCGAUACCUGGUUAAGGUCGAACAAACAUUGUCCCCUUUGUCGUGCCCCGAUAAUCAGCAAUACGAACACUGCAGAUCAGGUGAAUGCAGUGGACACGAAUUCGAAUAAUUUGGGUUCACGACACGAAGAACAAACAAAUAGCGGAUUGGAUGUACGUGAAGUGGAAACCGAUUUAACUGUUGAAUCGAGAAUUGGGGCCGAAAAUAUUGGUGGAGUUUCGGUUGAAACGUUGCAGAAAAAGUGUGCUAGUCACGAUGCUAGGAGGGGUAAGCAUCGAGUGCUAAGUGAUUUGGGUGAUCAUCGUGCAAAAGUGGAUGGGGCGUUACAACAAACGGUUAGAAAAUCGGUUUCUAUGGAUUUUCCAUCUACUUCGAUGAUCUGGAAUGCUGGUGAAGUUCGAGUGAAGAGAGAAGAACAAAAUUCCGAUGCAAUUGCUAAUAAAGGAAGUGGGAUUCGAGCAUCUACAGGAUCAUCGACAGAGCAUGAACUUGGCGCCUCCUCAUCUAAAAGUAAAUCUGGAGAGAAUUCUAUAGCAAACGUCAAUUGCAUUCAGGAUGAUCCAAGGGAUGAGACACGUGAAACAAAUGCCUUAUCUAACAACCAUCCAGAUGGACCAAAACAUACAUUUGAGCUAGAGACAGAAACAUCGAUGAGUGACAUAGAACCUAACAACUAG